CGAAGCUAAGUAGGAUAGCGACUGACGCCAAGCGGAAAAGUCUUCUCAGGCAUGGCCGAGUAAGUGACUGGCAGCCUUCCCUACUUGGCAGUUAAGUCUCCGGAGUUGCUUGAGCUUUUGGGGGCAAACAACAUGCUUUGCUGUGCUCUGCUUCAGUUCAGGAUACAUGAACCGCAAUCAAAGGGCAGAGGCAUCGACCCGCUCUGCAGACCAGCCGGCCCAACCCCAGGAGCUGGAGCAGCUGCUUGUGUCAGGCGGUAGCGGCGAGCCGGAUGGCGAGCAGAGUGGUCUUCAAUCAACGCUCUCAGAGUCUGCCGGCCCCUAUCAACCACCGCCUUUGGACCAGCCGAUGGGCGAGCAAAACCCGUCCGCACAUGGUGCAUCAGCUGACUCGCCGGUGGAGGGGCCCCUACCGGACAGUCUCGCUUUGCCGGUUCCACUCCAUCCAUCAGACAUGCCCAUUGCGGGCGGCACCGGACUCGGACUCGGACCCUCCCCGGCGCUUCCCACAGCUGACGCUCGCCCAAUCUCGAAGCCCCCAAUUUCGACGCCCGGCGCUCUGCCUUUAAAUUCGGAGGCGCACGGUGGCACUGGACGGGCACCCUCCCCCGCGGUUUCCACAAUUGACGCUCGUACAACUUCGGAGCAGCUCCAGCCCGUCGCUCUGCCUUCGGAUCCGGAGAUCGAUUCCGCGAGCAGAGUCACAGAAGCGGCCCGUCCCUGCCCCACUGGAGCCGCUUCCACAGAGCUGGGCGGCUUUGCACCGAUACCGCCCCAAGCGACCUCGGAGCCGCGGCAGCCCGCCACUCUUCUCAACCGGCAGUCGGAUGUACAGCCGUCGUCAUCUGUUGAGACGAGCACCGCCGGUCCAAGGAGCGCUGCAGGUUCGAAAAGGUCGUCGAGCUGGAGGAGCCCGCGCGUCAACGCCGGGUCUCGUGGGAAAAUUUCCCUGAUGCUCGACGACAAGCACAUCCGCCUCGACGACCGCGAUGUCUCCUCCAAUCUCAUGGGGGUCGGCGGACAGACCUUUAGCCCAGCAGACCUAGCAUCCGAUUCUGGCCAGGCAGCACCUGCCGAGGCUCCGCCUGCAGCUGGCGCUCCCCCCUUUCGCCGCCUCCACGCAUACAUAAGGAACUACCUGUCACCCUUUUCAUCACCAUGUAAGAUAAAUGAAGAUUAUCGACAAUGUAGGUUAUGACCUACAUACGUUGAAGCAGAUAUAGGUACAUGCCUCUAUUGGACAAAGACGGCAGGCCAUGCCAGCCAUAUGAUUACCAUGAAACAUGUGCAUGCACGAUCCGUGCUAAUGGGCAUCCAAUUGAGAAUAAGAUUCGUCCCCUUUCGCCACAAAUAAACUCCUGC